GCAAAUCAGCUGCAACAUCUCUCAAGAUUGCUUGGUUAUGCGGUAUCUGUAGAUUUGCUCUAUCAUGUGGAACAGAUGGAUCUGUUAUGCCUGAAGAUCUUUGUCGGUAAUACUUGGGCGCAACCUACCAAAUUUCGUCUAUUCAAGCAUCUAACAAGAUUUAAACAAUGGACAGAAGCAAAUAUGCUCGGUGAACGUUAUUUCCAGCAAUUUGGUACGACACGUAAACGUUCCAGAAGUUUAUCUUGUUGCUUGAAAUAA